AUGUCGUCGUCGUCCUCAGCUCGACAAGAGCUGCCGUCGACGCUCCUGCGCUUAUGCGUACUCUGCGCCUCGUCGCUCCAAGCGAUGGAUCCUGCUUCUGUGCCGGACGAGGCGAUUGAUAACGAUACGGCAAAGACGGACGGACAGGUGCUCAGCACGCAAAUCCAUCACGAUGUCAUCACGAUUUUGCAAAAAGUUCGCAAGGACACGACAGGCCUGUCCCUCGCCAUGCGCCCCUCGGCCAAGGCAGACCCAAAUGCAGGGCCGUUGGACGGGGUAGACGAUGCGAGUAUAGCCUCUGCGAUGCACCUGCUCAAGGCGCUCGCCAAUGAAGCUGUGCCGAAGCUGGUCUUCCUUGCCAACUUGGCGACCAAGCACCAGCGCGUCUAUGCUCUCUCGGAAGCGGCUAGCCACGAUGAGACAAUUGAGCUGGCCAAGAGUAUGGGGGCCCAGCUCGUUUUGGGCGAAGGGGCCAAGGGUGCGCAAAGUCGAACAGCGUCGGUAGGCACGCUUUUUGCGGCGCAUGUUCGACGUAUUGUAAGUGACGUCGUGGAGAAAAUCGCAGAACUGUGCCAGAGUUUCAUGGAUCAACGUACGCGUGAAGUCCUUCAUCGUGCACAGCAAAAACGCGAGGGCGCUACGUCGGCGCAACCACCUGCGAUGCCGCCGCCUACGCGUGCCGCUUCGCUGCAGCUCACGAAACACAUCUGGACGAUCUGUGACAAUGCAGAAGGCGAUGUCUCAAGUGCCACGCCUUUCAUGGGCCGACUUCCCCGUAACAAUUUUGAGGCGAUGUGCAUGGAAUGGCGUCAAUCGGAACUAGAGCUGCGCGAUGGACUCCAGGAAUUGGACGAGGCAGUGCAGCAGGACGAGAACGAGGUGGCGGCCGAGGACGAAAACGAAAAUGAGGACGAGGAUGAAGAAGAGGAGCGUGGCCUGGAAAGCAUGUGGGAGCACGCAGGAACGCUGACGGCGGACGAGAAGAUCGUAGCGACGCAGAUUCUUGCUCUCCUGAGGGCCGGCCUCGACAUGUUCAAGCAAUUGUACAAAUCGCUGGACAAGGCCACCUACGAUGGCGACCAAGGCCAGAUUUUCGCCGAGGCGCUGGUCUCUGCCCAAGACGAUCUCAUUGCUACAGCCUUGUAUGAAGGCGACUAUGAGGACGCGGCAUCUUUCCAGAAGGCGAUCGAUACGUACAUGGACGCAUGUCGAUCCUUCCAUGCAUCCGUCCCAGGUGCGCCGGGCUGGGCGAGUGUGCAGGCUGCAUACGAUGCGAUUCAACUAUAG